AUUCAUAUCUUAAUUGGACCAGUUAUUCAAUGGUUUCCCAACAAAUACCCCCCUUUUCCUUUUAGGACCCCUAUCAGUAAAAAACCCACACAAUAUCUUAUGAUUAGAGUUACAACCGGUUGUUUUGUGGUCUAUAAGAAGUCUCACCUCCCUUGAAUGGCCUUAACCCACAUGGCAAACUUUCAAGAGCUGUUACAUAAUGCAUCCUAACAGGUAGCCUACAUGUUGCUGUUUACGCCUCUGCUGUCACGCGAAGCACUCGGUUUCCCAGAGUUCCGCUCCGCGCAGGCGCAGAGCGCGUCGCCUGACAGUGGUAAACAGACGUCAGAAGGGAGUCUUCGCCUCGAGUCAAAACAAAACAAAACAAAACAAGUCGAAAAGAUAGUGAAGGAGUGAAUAUUUGGACAGCCACGACGACAAGAAGUUUCACAAAAGUCGUCGCCGGUUAGAAGCGGGGACUUGGAGGAAGUUAUCGGUGGCUUUUCACGGACUUUUCCACGGAUUGUAAACUCUGGAGUAGCAGGAGCUUAACGCAGCUAACGUUACGGUGGCUAUCGGGCUGUUUUCAAAGUGCGGCGAGUUGGAGCCGACAGACCUCCGGGCGCCCCAGCUUCAGGACAGCACGGAGGAGACGCGGCGAGCUUCGCUUACCGAGACUACGGGGCGAAGAUCGCCUUAGCUCGGGGCCUCGGUCGAGGGUUUUUUUUUCUAUCGGGGCUUCUUCGCACAUCGUGUGCCGCGGCGGCAGGAGUGUGGAGAAACAUGGCAGAUGGUGACAUGCGCCUGGACGCAAUGUGGCGGAUCGUGCAGACCUGAGGCACGGACUUCUCUUACUACGUUUCUACCACCGCCUCUCCUUUAUAUAUAUAUUUAUAUAUAUAAAAACCUGUUAAACCAUAAAUUGUACACCUUUCUUUGCUGGAAACCUGUUUGGACGUUUUAUUAAUAUAACAGGCCGAAGACUCUUUGGAGCAGUUGUUGGACAAACCGGACAAUUUACUCUGAUUAACCGGUUAGUGGUUGUUUGUGUGUUUUUUUUUUUUCUCGAAAAGGAAGGUUUGAGUCUUUUAUUUGUCUUAGCUCAGACACCGCGUUGUUUACAAGCUCAGACGGACAGGGGCUAAUCCCUGCACAGUCUUCACAGUUUUACUGUACAACACCUGUACAUUGAGACAUUUGCCUCACAGAUAAUUCGUAAUUGUUUGGCUUUUUCUUUUUUUUCUUUUUAAAGAGAACACAUUUACAACAUACUUAAAUUUGUUUAUUAUUCCGAGCAAUGGCAUUACUUUUUAUCUCAAGACUUUGUGACUCGUUUCCAGGUGAGCACAAACAUCUGUAGAGCCAGAUGUUGUGGUGCUCAUUGCCACUCUUUUGUUUUUAUUUCGUUCAAACAAAGGGCCCGAGGUCCCAGCCCUCCUUCAUUCUCUAUAAAUCGGAAGGUUUAUGAUAGUUACUAUUAAGGAGAUUAUUUGGGUUCCCUAAUCUCCAAUCUGAGGAUUAACCGAGGCUGUUGGUGUGUCCAGAUUAUUACGUCUCUUUCUAGGCCCCUCACUUGACACCCCCGCACCGGGAGAAGCAUAUUGCUGUUGUUUUUAGCCCAUCGUGGGCCCAGAGGUACCAUUAAACUUUAAAGGUGGAUGUUUUAGCAGCUGCUUGUAGUUGAGUGGAAGUUCAGAGGACCGCCAUGGACGAGUCGUCGAUGCCCCCGAUUGACCCGGACUUCGAGCCGCAGAGCAGACCUCGCUCCUGCACGUGGCCGCUGCCGAGACCCGACAUCUCGGCUGUCAAACCGGAGGUCGCGGACGGCACCGAGUCCGCCGCUGGGACCCCGCCCGCCGACGAGGACAAGCCCGAGCCGCAGCAAAUCACAUCCGAGUCCGACAAAGCGGCGGCCGCUGCGGAGGGCGGGGCUUUGUCCAGCGUGGGCGGAGCCGGCGCGACCCCUCGCAAAGGCUCGUCCCGACGCAACGCGUGGGGGAACCAGAGCUACGCGGACCUGAUCAGCCAGGCCAUCGAGAACUCACCUGAGAAGAGGCUGACCCUGGCUCAGAUCUACGAGUGGAUGGUGAAAACUGUGCCUUACUUCAGAGACAAAGGAGACAGCAACAGCUCCGCUGGCUGGAAGAAUUCAAUCCGCCACAAUUUAUCACUCCACAACAAGUUCCUGAGGGUUCACAAUGAAUCGACAGGAAAGAGCUCCUGGUGGAUGCUCAACCCGGAGGGAGGGAAGACGGGGAAGGCCCCCCGGCGCCGGGCCGCCUCCAUGGACAACAGCAGCAAGCUGCUGAAGAGCCGCAUGAGGGCCAAGCAGACCAAGAAGCAGGCGGGAGCGGCCGGGCUGGGCGGCGCCGGCGGGGUGCUGCAGGGCGACGGCAGCACAGGUUCAGGGGGGGCGGACAGUCCGAACUCGUCCCAGCAGUUCCCCAAAUGGAACAGCAGCAGCCCCUCGUCCCGUGGCAGCCUGGAUGACUCUGACAUGUGGACCACGUUUCGCCCACGCACGAGCUCCAACGCCAGCACCCUGAGCGGACGCCUGUCCCCCAUCGCUCCUGGUCAGGAGGACGACGACAACCUGCCCGAGGACAGUCUGCUGGGGAGAUACGCUUCCAGCAGCCUGGCCCCCACCCUAACGGAGACCCUGGAGGAGCUGGACCUGAUUGACGGCCUCACCUUGAUGACCGGGCAGCAGGGGGGGGCGAGUCCCAGCACAGCCCCACCGGCGCCUCCCACUCCGCUGCCCUCAGCCUCCACUCUGCUGCCUCGAGGCCCAGGCUUCCCCCCCUUCCAUCAGCUGCAGUCACCCAGCCUCCCGCAGGCCUCCACUCACAGCGGGACCCAGGCCACGGUCUCUCAGUGCGGCCCCACCAGCAAGGAGCCUUCCACCUUCAGCAACUCCCUCUUCAACCCCAUGUCCGGCUCAGGCUCUCGUGGGAGCGGCCAUUACAGCACCCACGUGCCCUCGAGCCUGGAAGCGCUGCUCACCUCAGACUCCCCUCCCCCGAGCGACGUCCUGAUGACCCAGGUGGAUCCUCUCAUGCCCAAUCCCGGAGGCGUGGGACUGAUGGGUCUGGGUUCACCCGUGGUGGGCGUGAGGCCUAAACCCAACCAGCUGCUGUUGGGUAAAGGGCUGGAGCCGAACACCGUGGCCCCCAUCACGCUGCAGGCUCAGAUGCAGCAGCAGCAGCAACAACAACAACAGCAGCAACAUCACCUUCACCAACACCAGCAGCAGCAGCAUCACGCUCAGAUGGGGUUGGGGAUGAUCCUCUCAGGUAUGUCUCAGGACCCGUCUCAGCUCUCUGCUCUCAAAGCUCAGCACGCCACCGUGUCGGGCGUGGGCUCCCAUCACGGGGGCCCCGUCGCUUCGGCCAAUCCGAGCGUGAACCUGCAGGGGAUGAAUCAGUUCGGAGCUCCGUCCUGCUUCCCCACCGGCCAGGACCGGCUGCCCACUGACUUGGACAUAGACAUGUUCACCGAGAACCUGGAUUGCGACGUGGACUACAUAAUCAACAGUGACCUCAUGGACGGAGACGGCAUCGACUUCAACUUUGACCCCAUACUGCCUGGAGGCCAAGGCUACCCGGGGCCGGCCACCACACAGGGCUCCGCUCACAACUGGGUGCCCAGCUAAUUCUUCAGCUGACCACGUGACGUUAGCCAGCAACACGUGGAUUCACGAGCCAGUCAACCUAACAACACAAGUGACCUUCUUAUCGUGUCUUUUCUCGCAGCAACUGAUGUCCAAUCCAGAUAACCUCACAACCUGACAGAGCAGCCGGCGUGUCCCCUCCUUCCUGCUGGCUGAGGACACUUUUUUUUUCUUUUUUUUUUUUUUCUCCUAAUGCGACAUUUCUCUUGGACUUUAAACGGCAAAACCAGACCUCACCCAUGUCACGUGCCAAGACAUGCAGAGGACGGGGAGAAGAUUCCGGCUACUAUGCACAAGUUUUCUCAAUUCAUUAUUACUUUUUUUCUAAAUAACACUUGGCAAAAAAUUUGGCUGCUGGCCAUUUUUUUCUUUUUUUCUUUAAUUCGAACUGAUGAUUUUUAAAGAUGUGUGACAUGACGUUUUUAGAGUGAAAAGACAAAUCACGCGCUCCCCCUCCGCCGGGGAGUCCACACUUCAGUUACUUUACACCAGAAUAGCUUUAGGGUGGAUACGGUACCUUUGGAUGUAGAUAGUGUUGUGUUGAAAACUCCAUGGACUGUGUAUUUUUUUUUUUUUUUUUUGAGAAAUGGCCAGUUUUUUGCGCUGACACUUGCACAGCAUGAAUUGCCGUUUGCUCAUCUGAAUCAGGUGUGCUUAGUCUGGUGCACCGUGAGAAAAAGAAACAGAGUCUGUAGAGAGCGCUGAACAGGUGGAAGGUAAAUACCUGGACGACUGGAGGCAUAAAAUGUUUUUGCCCGGACUAAAUAUCCGAUUAUCACUGAGCAGAAAGAAAAAAAAAAAGACUGGACAGUUAGGAGGGUAUGUAUUUGCAGUUUGGCAUUUUUUCAUCCAGCGUGUUAAGGUAGAUGUCACUUAGAGGGUAUUUUUUACAGCCCUGAUGUGCAGAUGUACUAACAGAAGAAAUGAAGAAAUGUGAUUUGUGAAUUUACACACGGGGCAUUCAAGGGUAAAUGAAUGAUUGGUCAGCUAAGUAUUACAUUGUCCUAGACCGCAGUAUGCCUCCACUGUCAAAAGGUCCACCUGAGUUAAAAAAGAAAACAAAAAAAACUUUCCUUUCCUCGAGCCUGUGCAUUUUCUAAGCACUUAGGUUUCCUGAGACACAGGGAGCCCGAAACUAAACACACACAUUACUUUGGGUUUUACCAUUUCAACAAGAGUUAAUGAUCCUGUAAAAGAACCAAUGCGAUGUACACGUUGCACACGACGGCAUGCUAUGCAGACUUAUCAGGAGAGCUAAAUGACACCUUGAAGGAAAAAGAGAAUCACUUCUUGAAGGCUAUUUAACGUUGUUUCCUGAUAUUAUCGGAGGGGAUUCGGGUGCUUCACGUCAGAACAUCCUCUCACACUGUAAUCUCUUCAGUACUAAAGAAAUUAAAUAAUUUGUGUUUUGAGAAAUACGAAAAAGAAUAUAUUAGAUUAUAGUUUUAAUAUACAAUUUAGGUGGAGAUAAUGAAUCAGAUAUUAAUACAUAUGAGUAUAUUACUAAUGGCAAGGUUUUUUUUACAUUGGAAGAAGCAUUCUCAGACCAUUUUUAACGGUGAUUUUCUAUACUUUUAUUUUUGUAAAGGAUGAGAUGCAUGUAGAUUUUUUUACAUAACCAAAGGAACACUAAUAUUUGCAUGGCAUUUAGGGAGCGCUUGGGCCUGACACAGUAUCCUCGGUGUGUACAUAAGCUUUGCAAAAGACGCCCUGCGACGUGAGGCAGAUACUUGACCGUUUGAAUCUUAAAUUCCCACCAGGCGUCUGCCUCCUUUUCUUUGAAUCCAAGUUUGUUUUGUUUUUGUUUUUUUGUUGUUGUUUUUUUUUUUUUUAAAUCUGCGUUGAAAAUGAAAGAAACGCUCGCAGAAUUCUCAUCUCAAGACGAGACAACCGUUACCUCUCAGGGUCUAUCGGAGGACAAAAACAACGACGGGACAACGGUUCUGCACAGACGUAAUCAGAUGAGAGCAAAAAAAAAAAAAGAAAAAGUUUAUUUUGCACAAUUUCUUUGUUACGGCAGACUGGAAACCAACACUUUGUUUUGUUUUUUCUGGAGACUUAAAAAGAGUUGAUCUCAAAUUUAUCUUCCCUUUUUUUUUUUUUUCUUUUAGAUCAAGUUAUUCUAGCUGUCCAGCCAUGUAUAUCAGUACUAGCCUAUCCCUUGUUGUUUUUGUUUUUGACUGCCAAUAUUUAAAACACUAUAGCAUGAUGUUACUCUGUGACUUUAUUUUGUCAUCUUCCUCCUCUUUUAAAAUUUUUGUGUAUUUAAAUUCGUCUCCAGAUGUAACAUCCCUGCAGUUUAAACUCAUUUCACUGUAGCUGUGUGAAUAUGUUAGCCUCUCAUUUGUAUAAAGCACUCUCUUCUUUUCACAAAGGUUUUUUUUUUUCUCUUUAAAAAAAAUGGUGCUAGAUGUCAUCUGUGAUCCCGGAGGACGCCAUGAUGCAGUAGUUGCAUAUCAGGGCCUUUGAUAUUUCUGUGUACGGCACAAGGAUGUUAAUUUGGUGUUAUUGUAGAAGUUAGCACGCAAUCAACAGUCCUUUCCCCUCUUUAUGUUUUUACAUGUAUGAUAAUUAACCCUCCCAACCCCAACCUGGUCACUUAAAUCUGGAAACUAAAAACCAGCUUGUUUAAACAUGCAUGAUUUUACUAUUAUAUCCAAUCAUAAGUACUUAUUUUAGAAAGACAUAUAUGAUACAAACCCAGUGUUUUUUUUAACAGCUGAUAGUCUGCAGCCAGUGGAGGAGCAGUUCGUCUGCAGCUGCUCCAGGCGUUAAUGUCUAGUUUACUGCUGCCUGCUUCUAUCUCCCCCUUUUAUGUAACAACAGCUAUCUACAUAUUUUUUUUCUUAACGUAGCAGUUAGUCCCUGUAUGUUUUGAAUUUUUAAAAAAAUUGCCCCAUUUGAUACAGUAUUUUAGCAUUUGGCAAAGUUUGUUUCGUUUUUAUCUGUAGGGAAAAGGUAAGAACAACAAAUUGUGCAUAAGCCAAUUUAAUUUUUUUUUUUAUAUAUAUAUAUAAUGUUGAUAGUUUUUUUUCUCUCUUUCUCAUCCCCCUUCUUUCAGUUUAUUUCUUUCUUUACGCAAUGUAAAGUCAGCCAGAGAUGACAAACAGUUCUGGACAACAGAAAACAAUUCAAUAAACUGUUUAACCCA